AUGCCCUACAACAUCGCGAUGAUCAGUGAUAAUUUCUUUCCACAACCUGGAGGAGUGGAAAGCCACAUGUAUCAGCUCUCAUCUAAACUCAUAGACCGCGGUCACAAAGUAAUUAUCAUAACGCAUGCCUAUUCCGGCCGCACAGGUGUCCGAUACUUGACCAAUGGACUCAAAGUCUACCAUGUUCCAUUCUUCGUCAUCUACCGCGAGACAACAUUCCCAACCGUCUUCUCCUUCUUCCCCAUUUUCCGGAACAUCGUGAUCCGCGAACAGAUUGAAAUCGUUCAUGGCCACGCGAGUCUGAGUAGCUUGUGUCAUGAGGCGAUAUUGCAUGCUCGAACAAUGGGGUUGAGGACCGUCUUCACGGACCAUAGCUUGUUUGGGUUUGCCGAUGCAGCAAGUAUCCUCACAAACAAGUUGUUGAAGUUCACCUUGAGCGAUGUGGACCACGUCAUCUGUGUCAGCCAUACUUGCAAAGAGAACACGGUUCUGAGAGCUUCCUUAGAUCCCCUAAUGGUCUCUGUGAUACCAAACGCAGUGGUCGCAGAGAACUUCCGACCUCUGUCGCAUACUUCCUCGCAUAGCUCACACCAUCGUGAUGCCCCAGGCCCUCCACCUCGCCUCGGUCCUCAUGAUACGAUUACCAUAGUCGUAAUCUCCCGACUGUUUUACAACAAAGGCACCGACCUCCUGAUAGCCGCUCUUCCUCGCAUUCUCGCCUGCAACCCGAAUGUGCGUUUCAUAAUCGCUGGCACGGGCCCGAAAGCAAUAGAUCUGGAGCAGAUGAUUGAACGCAACGUCUUGCAAGACCGAGUCACGCUCCUCGGCCCUGUUCGACAUGAGGAAGUUCGAGAUGUUAUGGUAAGGGGUCACAUCUACCUACAUCCAUCACUCACAGAGGCGUUUGGUACGGUUAUCGUCGAAGCCGCAUCCUGUGGGCUCUAUGUCGUUUGCACCCGUGUAGGUGGCAUUCCCGAAGUACUUCCGCGUCAUAUGACCGAGUUUGCAAAGCCAGAGGAAGAUGACAUCGUGGCCGCCACCGGGCGUGCAAUCGCAGCUUUAAGAGCGGGGAAAGUCCGAACAGAGCUGUUCCAUAACCAAGUCAAGCAGAUGUAUUCCUGGACGGAUGUUGCUCAGCGGACUGAGAGGGUGUAUGAUGGGAUCAGUGGAGUGCUGAGCCAUGAUGAAUUCUAUCAGGGAGCUGGAGCCGGAGGCGGGUGGAGCGCUACCCGAGGACGCGCAGGCGUUCAAAGCUUUGCCUUGAUUGAAAGACUGAAGAGAUACUACGGCUGCGGUAUCUGGGCUGGGAAGCUGUUCUGCUUGUGCGUCAUUGUAGACUAUCUGCUCUUCGUCUGCCUCGAGAUCUUCGCGCCCAGAUCUCGUAUCGAUCUGGCGAGGAAUUGGCCAAAGAAGGACUUUAAAGACGCCAAAGAUAAGGAGGUAGAUGGCACUAAAGAGGGGCCUGUAAUAGGCAGAAAGAGAAGUGCAAGGCACAGAAGGGAGAAAAGGGAAGAUUCGAGCUGA